CUUGCGUUUUCUCCCAACAAUCGUUCUCUUGUCUCAGGAUCUAAGGAUGGGACCGCGAUCGUCUGGGAUAUCCGACAUGGUCGCGCACUUCUACGUCUGGAAGGACAUAGAGGGACGGUGGGGAAAGUUGUGUAUGCCCCCCAUGGCGCGCUCAUUGCCACCGUGUCCCACGACGAUAAAUCUACGAAGAUUUGGGACGCCUCGAUUGGAGCAUGUCUACAUUCCUUCGAGGUCAGGGGCCACAUAUUCCAGGUCGCCUUCUCCCCCAAUAACUCGCGGGACCGCAUAGCCACCGCAUCGUGGGAUGAUCGAGUGAAGAUCUGGAGUGCGGUGACUGGCGAGGAGCUUCUCACAAUCGACCACCCGCGAAAGCUCUCGUAUCCUGUGGCAUUCUCCCCCGACGGCUCCGAGGUAUUGGCCGCUUGUGACGCAGACGAGACGGCCGUCACCUUUGACUCACGGACUGGUCGAUUACGUCGCGUCCACCAGCUCUCAGGAACAUUGCAGCAUGCGUCAUACUCCGCACGCGGAGAAUACAUUGUCUUGGGAGACAAUGCGCAUAAUCUGCACGUCCGUGACGCGAAGUCUGGAGCGUUCCUUGCGAAGUUUGAAGCGCUCAGUUAUGAAAGUUUCCGCACGGAUGGCCCUCAAUUUUUAUUCCAGGGUCAAAAUCUUGUAGUGGAUUUAUAUGACGGACUGUCGCUUCUGCAUGAUGUCCGGGAUGUAUUGCGAUUGAGAUAG